AGAACGCGUCUCCAACGCGCAAGCCUCGUCCCUCCGCAUGGAAUUUCCGCUCUCUUAUUUCUCUCUCUAGAUUUCUCGCUUUCUCUCUCUCUCUGCGUGUGCGUGGACGACCUGUCCCGGCAUCUCCUCACAGGGACGAAACGCACACAGUACAAGAGAGAGAGACAACAGUAAUCAAGACAACACCAUUUCAACAACAAAACUCUAGCUCUCUUUGUUUCAUCGAUCGUGAUCGGUUGGAAGACAUAUUGAUUCAGGUGUGGUGGAGGAAGGGCAGCGCAAUGGUUCUUGACAGCAUUAUAUCUUCUCCACACCGGUGGUCACAAAACGCAUUUCCUUCACCAACAUUUAAGAGGCAAUACUCGAUGAGAAACGAACCGGGGAGCUGUUCGGCACUCCUUGAGCGGCACCGCUUCCUCCUAACUGCUCUUGCUCUACUAGCUUUUCUGUGCACCAUUUAUCUUUACUUUGCCGUCACUCUAGGGAACAGUGAAUCAUGUUCUGGGUUGAUGGGAACUGAAAAGGCUUUAUGUCAUGCGGAGUUGGCGAAAGCAUCUGUGGCCAAAGGAAAAUUAAAAUUCUUUUAGUAUGUAGAUGACUUUUCUAGCAAGUAGUGGUGGUUAUCCCAUUGGAUUCUGGGUGGGUUUGAAAUAUAACUAUACACCUCAAAAUUUGUUGAUUUUCCGUCAUGUACUGGAAACUAUGUUGCCACCUCCAAACAGUGGUCCUAAUUGUGAAAAUGCAGAAGUGUUUUCUUUGGUGAAUCAUUUUUGACCUUUUUUGAGGGCCGUGUUGAUGACUGGCAGUUGAAUCAUAUACAAGUACUUUAUUAGUAGAUCUAAA